AGCCUUGCCCUAGUUGGGGGUCCAGUUUGCGUCUCUCGGGAGCGUGUGGGGAGCUACUCAUGGUCAUCUGUUGACAACACAUGCCUUAAAUGCAGGGGAACCGGGUACAGUCAGACUCAGUCGGUGACUAUAGCAUCUUAUCUCGGUUGGUUGUCCAUCGCCCUCAUGUUUCGCACUCCACCAGCUGGCGGCCCUGUACAUCCUCCCCAGAAGGGUCGGGUUCUAGAUUCGGACCUCCCCUCACAAGACAUCCGACAGCAAACCAGGACGCCCAACUCCCGUGCUCGGCAGAUGCAGUCAGGGGUCGAGCGAUCGGACUCGAGCGAGCAGCUAGUGAGGCGGCGCAGGCCUCGGUGCUCAAGAGCCUGUGAGCCAUGCCGCAUCCGAAAAGUGCGCUGCAUAGCUGGAGUCAAUGGCUCCCUCCCCUGCGAGAGGUGCAGAACCAUGGACGUGAAGUGCGUAAUUCGGCAGAGAUUUGUACAGAGCGCAUAUCGGGUGAACAAUUCAUCGCGCAGGCCUUCCAGGUCCCUCGACGAGCACGCCGAUCCCUUUUUAAUGACAGCGUCGGAUAUUUUCCCCUCUAUGGAGAGCCGGCAAACUCUAGUUAGUCCUCCAGACGACCUUGUAUUCAAAUCUAGUCCAUCGCAUCAAGAUCCCAGGGAUGAGCUCCAUCCGCAGGACUUGGGCUCGGGCUUGGGCCCAACCUGCGAGGAAAGCAUUCGCACACCGGAAUCGGCCCCAGAGAUCGCAUCCCACCCUCACCUCCACCCUCACUCUUCCACCCAACCGCGCCCAUCAGACACCAGCGCCCAGACAAGCAGAGCAACCCGGGAUAUUCUCGCCCGGCUUGACUCUGAGAUACUUGCCCUGUCGAGUGCCACGUUGCGCCAGUCCCUUAUUCGACACCUGAUGAGCCAGGUUCGAAUCCUGAUCAAUACCAUACGUCAGAUCGAGCGUCUGGGCCCUGUAGGCGCCAUAACCGACCCGUCCCGGAGAUAUUGGGGGCCUACCAGCCAAAGACAUGGAAUAUGGGCGGAUGCCGUGGAGAAUGACAGCGACAGGAGGUGCAGAAACCCCGACAAUUCCCAUCCGUGGCCACCAUCCAUCGGAUCGCACAAAACCGAAGGCUUCUUGUCUCAGAGCGAUCCAGGGUAUGGAUUAGGCGCGGUGGGGCCAGACGGUAGUCGAGAUGGCCCUGACCUCGGGACGACUUCGGUAGAGCCGGCGAGACCUGAGAGCACCUCGUCCGCAGGGGACGACGCGGCACGUCUCGAGAGUGGGAUACGAGACCUGUUGGACGAGUUUUUAGACCCGAUCCCACUGCCAGUCUCGGGGCCUGUCUCCUCUCAGCCCAAGUUGGGGCGAGGCGGCUACGGUGCAUCUGCGCCUAACGUCGAGUUGGACGUCGAGUUGGACUUUUGGAGUUGAGAAGCCGCGACGGAAUUCUACCAAGAGAAUAGAUAAAAAAAAAGAAAUUAAGGCGACAUAUUUUCUACUGGUACUGAAUGGUUGGGUCGCUGUAGGGUCGGUGCACUCUGCGCACCUGAACGAUGUCCAGAAUGAGAUAUUGACCAUGAUCACAAA